CAGAGCAAGGGCCAUGAAGAUCCUUCUGUUCACCGUUGCGCUAUGCCUGAGCUUGAGCUGUCUGACCGAAGCCAUAAGCCUUCACGACAAUCCCAAACCGAGCCACGUGGAUUCACAAGGCCCCCGCUUGCCAGGGCAAGGCCCUCGGCAAGCUGGAAGGAAGAACCACGCUGUCCAGGCCCAGAGGCGACACCAAGCGCUGGUUGGUCCGUUUGGUAACCCCCAAGCCGCCGGCCUUAACGUGCACCAAGUGGAGCGAUACCGAGCGCUGGUUCGUGCGUAUGCUAUCUACCGAGCCGUCAGCCGUUACAUGCAUGGAGUGGAACGGGACCAAGGGCUUCUGCGUCUUCCGGGAAUUAUGAGAAUAAUCAACGCCUUUGUCCGAGCGGAGCAACAAAACCAAAAAGGAUGCUGCGUAAAUAUGACUCUUCCCAACGCCUAUGGAAUCGACUCGUGCUUCCAUGACGUUGGUCGGGACCUAUGCGACGUGUCAGCGGCGGGCCUGUCGUCGCUGGUGAUGUGCGUUAUUGACAAAAUGGCGGCUUUCGGUUUCAACGGUUACCUGUUUACAAACUUCUACCCAACAAUCGCCGAGUUAUUCAAACGCACUGGUCAAAACUUGACUACGCUGGACUACCUCGCCUCGUACUGCCUGGAUGGCUCCCACGGCCCUCAGCUGUUUUGUGGAGUCGACCCAAGCCUCGAAGACUCUGCCUGCGGCACGCCCAUUGAGUUCCAAGUACCUGCACCUCAACCCGACGAAAGCAUGUGCGAGCCGAAUGAAGCCUGCCAAGGCGUUCCACCUACGGACCCGACCUUUAGCCGACUUCUCUCGGACGAAUUCGUGUGUCUGGUCAAUCUUCAGCCGAUGAUGACAAGUAUGAUAGUGUACAAUGACGUGGGGUGCUACCUCAGCAAACUGCUGAACCAGACGGAUUAUACGGGAUACCCGGUGACGGACCAGGUGGAAACUGUCCAGUCUCAGCUGCUAGCUGCAACUGUCUGCACUGUGUAAAGAAGACCAACACUUGGAUGCCGGGCUUCAAGAGCUACGCUUUUCUCAAUAAACUUCAACUAGAACGUGAAUACAGAUA